CCCGCCCCAACCGCUGUUCCCGCGCUUUCACAAAACAGCCAUUGAAAACCUGCACUAAGAUUAGCUCAUCAAUCUGCCCUCUCCAUUCGAAUUUCUAUUCCUCCUUCUCUGUAAAUUCAUCCUAAAUUCAUUCUUCUCUCAAGCAACCAGGUUUUGAUUGACUGGACUCCGGCUCCGAUUCCCUCCCCCUUUCCUCACCGGUCCCUGUCGAUCAAAACCUGUCGAUUUCCCCCAUUUUCACUUACUUGUAGCUUUCAGAUUCUUUCGACGAAGGUGUAGGUUUAUCGAUUAUCGUGCUUAUUGGAACAAUGGGCACCUCUGUCAAGGGCAACUCUGUAAAGGGCCUCUUAAAAGGACUAAGAUACAUUUCACAGAUUUUCGAUGAAAAGGAACAGGAAAUGCAGAUUGGGCUUCCCACUGACGUUAAGCAUGUUGCUCAUAUUGGAUGGGAUGGUCCAUCUGGUAAUCAAAAUAAUCCUGGCUGGAUGAACGAGUUCAAAUCUUCGCCACAAAGCCAAGACUCGGGGGAUUUGGUGAAUUCUAGUGGGGAACUCCCCAGCAAAGAGUCUGGAGAGAUAGAUGUGCAAAAGGCAAAUCGAUCUCGAAAGUCGAAAUCGCAAACAUCAUCAGAAACGUCUUUAGACUCUUCUUCUGCUCGGCGACAUUCUGAGAAAGGUUCUAGGCGACAACGCUCAUCAUGCCCUUCAGGCGAAUCUGUUGCAGAAGGUAGUAAUCGAAGCUCACGACGUCAUCGUAGUUCGAAUCAAGGGGGUUCAUCAAGCUCAGAAAAUCCUGCCCCAAAACACUCACAUCGGAGGAAAUCUAAGGGGUCAUCUGACGGGGGUGAAUCAACAAAAUCCUCUAGAUCAAGGGAGAAUAACUCUUUAACAGACAUACCAAGCCCAGUGUUGGAAGCAGUUGAUGAAGAACAGGGGUGAGCGGAAAUUCCAGACAUGGAACUAAACGGCAUUCUAGUCGAGCUGGGUGCUUCAGAUGGAUUCUCCUUGCCCGUAUAUGAACAUAAUUUUGUUGCCUUGGAGAUGAUAUGAAUCAUAUGACUUUAGCUUCAGUCAUCAGUUAAAAUUUUAUCACCAAGAAAGUUGUAUGUGUAAACAUGUAACCAACAGUCAUUCUUCAAACGAUGACCCACACGUAAUCUGAAGCUUGAAUUUAUAUAUUCAGCGCCCCUUUUCAAUGCAGUGGUAUGAUCCUCAUAAAUCACUGAUUGACAGAACCAUUGUAGUCACAAAUAACAGCACUUAGA